CUUCUUCACCUCUGCUAUGAUGUGUGGCCAUGGACAGUGUCGCUUUCAGCCCCCAAGUUGCGCGCUUCCAAAAGGAAAGAAGAAAGGCGGAACUGCAUGUGACGUCAUUUCCGUUGCGCGAAGCUGAAACUUUGGCGCCCCAGAGACAUCAAGAAGAUGGCUUUAAACGUCGAAUCAGUCCGGUAACGUUAGUUUACACGGGAAAAUAACGUCAGCUAAGUGUGUAAGGGUACUCUCCUGGUUGUGGAGAUGCAGAGUCGGUCAACGUUUAACAGAAUAAGCUCUUUUCAUGUAGCUGCAGCGUUUAGCUGUCCGUUGACAACACCGUCGGUCCGUUAGCUAAAAACAUAUCGCUGACAAACAGCUCCUUUAUCUCUGUUAGACAGACUGGCUGUGUGGAGUAAACGCACAUAGUUGCACACACACACACACACACACACACACACACACACACACACACACACACUUGGCUGUUUAAUCAGAGUCACCAUGAACAGGACCAAACUGAAGAAGACCCAGGCUCCAGGAGGGCAGAGGAACAUCUCCUCUUUCUUUUCCUCUCAGAAUCACCAGAAGGACUUGUCAUCGUCCACAAAAUUAUCUGUGGCUGGCUCUGCACUCGCCAAGACUGAACCUCACAUCAAAGAUGGUGAAACCUCUACAUUCAGAUGCCAUUCCCCCUUAAAGAGGAGUAUCCUUGGGGACCUUGAAAACCUCCUACCCUCCUCGCCAGAUCUUGUCCUCUCUGUGCCUGAGACCCCCAACAGUCAGAUCAGGCUUGCUUGCUGUUCUCCCUCCAGAGACCAGACCAGCAGAGAGGUGGCGAGCCUGGAGAAGCUCAUCCAACUGUCCCCCAUCUGCCGUAGUCCGCGCGCUAGGGUGAAGAGUAUACGGAGAGUUAUGACUGAGGGGGGAGGAAACACCAAGAGGGAGGAGGGAUUGUCUGGGCCUGUAAAAAGACUCAUCAGCCCUCCUCAACAGUCUCAGGAUGCCAAAAGAUCAAGAACUGCGAAUCCACCGGCACAAAGAAUUGCGCUCAAUCCCACAGGUGGCAACCUGAAAGCAACGACACCUUUGAUUGGCCCUUUGAAGACACCUCAUUUCUCCAACUACCAGUCAGAGGGUCGGUCUAAAAGAUUAGAGAGUCACAGCAGAGGCGCUGAAGUAGUUUUUAAUGACAACAAAAUCUCUGUUGGGGAACAGGGAAAACAUCAGGAAGAGAGAAAUGUGAAUGAGAAAAAUUCUGGUUUUACUGUGAUAACUGAUCAGAAAACAUCUGAGACAAACCCACACACUCAUCUGGAUAAGAACACUCUUACUACUCACAUGUACAAACCUAGUGAAACUGUCACACCUGUGACGCAGAGAAGAGCCACAGAGGGAAAGAUUCAUGUUAAGACAGGAGCUUCAAGAACAGCAUUGACAUCAUCAACGAAAGAUGGAGAUGACGGGACAAAGUCGGAUCAGGAGCGAGCUGGAGAAGAAAAUGCAGGAACGAUGUCUGCGUGUCCUGUGGAAGAGAGGUUGGACGAGAGCUGGUUUGCGGAGCAGAUGGAUCACAAUGAAGGUCUUGUCAAAGAGCAUCAAUCCAAAAAGCCCAGUAAGGUGCCAGACCAUGUGAUCCUUUCUGGAGGCCUAAAUAACCGCUACUGGGUUUCAGACGUGGAGGAGAGGCCUGGCCACAAAACACUGACCAUCUCAUGCUCCAGAUCUCUAAAUCCAACGGAGACAUGUCUGCUGAAAGAUGGAUGGGAGAUGACGCCUGUUUGUCGAGGUGAUGUGGUGCAUCUAGAGGGCCGCUCUGAUGGUGGAUCCUGGGUGAUAGAUAGGGAGCAGGGUUUCCUAGUUUUACUACCUGAUAGCCUCAUUUCUGGUACCAGCAUCUCAAGCUCCAUCCGCUGCAUGAGGCGUGCAGUACUGGGAGAUAUGUUCAGGAGUUUUGACGGUGGCUCCAAGCAAAUGCUGAAUGGCACCAUGGUCCAUGAAGUCUUCCAGAGAGCAGCUACAGCUAAAGAUUUUUCUUUGGAGACACUGUCUAAGCUGGCUGAUGAAGCCCUGUGUCGUCCUCAGUACUUGGGAGACAUGUACAGUUUGGGUGUAAGUCAGGAAGAGAUGAAGCAGGAACUACACGAUUAUCUGCCCUCACUGGAACAUUGGGCAAAGGAAUACCUCAGCUCUCCAACCCCAAAAGCUAUCAGCCUCAAAAUGCCCAGCAGCAGCAAAGCUCCGAGCAGGUGUCAGGACUCGUCAACUGUUGUCACCGUAGCAGAGCUGGCAGACAUAGAAGAGAAUGUGUGGUCGCCGAGAUUUGGUCUGAAAGGGAAAAUCGAUGUGACGGCACGAGUUCGAAUCCAAAGACCACGAGGUGGUAGUCACAGAGCCCUGGAGGAGAAGACUGUCCCCCUGGAGCUGAAAACUGGAAAAGAGUCAAACUCGAUUGAGCAUCGUAGUCAGGUGGUUCUUUACACUCUGAUGAGCUUGGAAAGAUACAAUUCUGAUGCUGGCUUCCUGCUUUACCUCAAGACGGGCAACCUGCACCCUGUAGUGGCCAGCCACAUGGACCGCAGAGAGCUGCUGAAGCUGAGGAACACCUUGGUUCAUCACAUUCACAACUGUGUGGAGAAGGAGGCGAAGCGAAGUCGUCUGUCUCGACUUCCUGAGAUCCUGACCAACAGACAGACCUGCCAGUACUGUCCUCAGAAGAGAAACUGUGCUUUAUAUGAGAGGGCGCUUGAUGGCAACUCUGCAGACAUCAGCGAGGAUGUUGUGCGCGACUUCCUGCAGGAGGAGACAGGUCACCUGACCCCACCUCAUCUGAGCUAUUUCUCCCAUUGGCUGCUGCUCUGCUGCCUUGAGGCCACCAGCAUGGAGGCCAAGAAUGGCAGAAAGCGUGUGUGGCUUCAGACAUCUGAGGAGAGUGAGAAGAAUGGGAGCUGUGUGGGGAACGUGCAGCUCAGUGGCCCGGUGACCGAGCCGUCUGAAGGGGUUUUCCUCCAUCGUUUCCAGCGCAGCACUGUGGUUCCACAGAAAGGGUUGGCCAGCAGUGGUUUGGCCAGUGGUGAUCGCAUUGUUGUUAGCAACCAGAAAGGUAAUCUGGUUGGUUUGGCAACAGGAUACCUGUGUGAGGUCAGCAGAACAUCAGUUGGCUGCACACUGGACAGGGACCUGUCUAAGUUCCAGGAUGUGUUGUUUCGACUGGACAGUGAUGAAGGUGUGGUGGGCCUCAGCACUCACCUCUCCAAUCUCUCCAGACUGAUGGAAAACUGUCAGGACAGCGAUCAUCUGAGGGAGCUGGUUGUUGACCUUCGCUCCCCUGAGUUUAUUUCCAACCUCAGUUCUGUUCUGCCAAGAGAGGCCAAGGACACAGUGGCCAACAUCCUCAAAGGUCUCAAUAAACCCCAGAAGCAGGCCAUGAAGAAGGUUUUGUUAUCUAAAGACUACACACUCAUUGUCGGCAUGCCAGGCACAGGCAAAACCACGACCAUCUGCACCCUGGUUCGCAUCCUUCACGCGUGUGGGUUCAGUGUGUUACUGACCAGCUACACCCACUCCGCUGUUGACAACAUCCUACUGAAGCUAAAGCGCUUCCGGGUUGGGUUUCUGCGUCUUGGGCAAGGGCAGAAGGUUCAUCCAGACAUCCUGCCUUACACAGAGGAAAGUGCGAGAAAGAAAGGACUUCACACACUGUCAGAGUUAGAGCAGCUUUAUAACAAGGAGCUGAUAGUGGCAACCACCUGUAUGGGCAUCAAGCAUCCCCUGUUCACACGUCGGCGGUUUGACUUCUGCAUCGUAGACGAAGCCUCACAAAUCAGUCAGCCCAUCUGUCUGGGACCGCUGUUCUAUGCCAAGAGAUUUGUCCUGGUUGGAGACCACCAACAGCUGCCACCAAUAGUACAAAACCAGGAGGCUAGGUCACUUGGGAUGGACGAAAGUCUAUUUAAGCGACUUGAGCUCCACAGUGAAGCUGUGGUUCAACUCAAUGUUCAGUACCGGAUGAAUAGGCCGAUUAUGUCUCUCAGCAACUCCCUGAUGUACGAGGGCCGGCUGGAGUGCGGAUCAGAGAGGACAGCCACGGCCCUGCUCACCCUGCCCUUCUUGCUGUCCGUCCAGUCAGAGCUUAGGUCCUACUCUGAGACUCAUCCACAGCACAACCUGGAUUGGAUACAGGCCACCUUGUUGCCCAGCAACCCUGUUUGCUUCCUAGAUUGCUCCAUGGUGCCAGCACUGGAGUCUGUGGAGCAGGGAGGUGUAAGCAAUCACACUGAGGCUGCUCUUAUACACAAGUUGCUGUCACUGCUGUUAAAGGCCGGGUGUAAGCCCAGUGAUAUAGGUGUGAUCGCCCCCUACAGGCAGCAGUUAAAGAGCAUCUCUGCUCUGCUGCAGUCCUCUGCUUUCACCGGUGUAGAAGUGAAUACAGUGGACAGGUACCAAGGACGGGACAAAAGUCUGAUCAUUUUCUCUUUUGUCAAGAGCACUGCAGAGGAAGGACACUUGGGAGAGCUGUUGAAGGACUGGCGUCGCCUGAAUGUAGCCAUCACCAGAGCUAAACACAAGCUGCUGAUGGUGGGCUCUGCCACAACACUACGACGCUACGCACCUGUGGAGAAACUACUCAACCAUCUCCAGCAAGAGAACAUGAUUAUCCAGCUCCCACCAGCUGCUCACAAGGCCUUACCGAGCAUGUCCCUGUGAUAGAAGUCUGCGAAGCCUUGAUGGUGUUCCAGGUCACCUGUCUGUCUCACAGUGGAGCUGCCAGUAAAUGUGGAUCACCUCAACAGCGCUGAGACUUCGUGCCAAUCUGCAAACACACUGACUGAUCUGGAGGCUGCGAUCAGCUGUGAUCAGUGGCAUUUGCAUCCUACAGUCAGUGCUUGUCGGCUAAUUUUACAGCCUCAUCUCCAAAUAUUUUGUGUCCCUUUUGACAAAGAUUUGAUGAUGUUUAACUGGAGAUACAGAUUGCACUAAUCAGCACACUAGGAAUGACACAAGAGGAACAUGUAGGUGUUAGAGGGGAGGCUGUCUCUGAUUUUUACAUUACAAGUUUGAUAAUAGAAUAAUUUUUAUCAGUCUCUGUUAAACAAAGCACUCUGGAACAGGGGUGGCUUUGUUGUAUAGAAUGUAAACACUGAGACACAUGCUCUACUCAGCACCUUUCCGGUUGCUGCAUGCUUUUGCUGAUCAAUAAAUGGUCAGUUUGGACCAAUAAUUCAAACUAAACCUCCACGCUGAACCUCUACAAGCCACCACUGCUAUGUUUAAUGUUGAUCAAUUGUAAACACACUUGAAGCACUCAAUAUUUAAAAGCAAAUAUAGACCGUUUCAAUCGGACCUGCAAUGCCAGGCAAAAGCUGGGGUCCAUGUUUACUUCCUGUUAACUGACGUUAUUCACAUAUGCUGCAAAACACUUGACAGUGUUUAUCUUGUCGAGUUUGAAAUGGUCUACAUAUAUUUUCAAUGCUGUGAAACAAGGUACUUAGAUAUUCAGCUGUUAUAACACAUAACAUUGCACUGCAUCUGUGAAACUGACAGUGGUGGGUUACUGUACUAUGCAUUAAACCUGAACAAGGACUGGUCACUAUUUAUAAACGCAAAUAUUUUUAGAUCAAAUAUCUCUGUUGAUAUACUGUGACUAUUUUAGACUUGACUUUUGGUGCUCUCUGUAAGUAUUCACACACAACACAGAAAGUCGGUAUUUAUGUGAACAUGGAGACCAAACUAUUUAUAGCUCAUGUUGCUCAACAGUCAGAUAAGCUCAGGGAUGUCUAUCGGUCAGUAUACCAGGGACUUCAC